AUGGUGCGGCUGCCACUGGCGUGUGUUUUUUACCAUCAUCACGACAGCCCCUUGCUAAGAGCGAGGACUCUGGCGGAGACUGUGGUUGCACUGAGAGCAGCAGACAGCCGCCUGGAUGACGGAGAGCUGGGGGAGCUCGCGGCUACCCCCGGGGGCUUCGAGACCCGCCCAGACAGCGACGGCAUAAAAACUAUAACAAACUAUGUACAAAACGCAAAGGGAGAAACACUCAAGAUAGUGAAGCGUAUAAAGGUGACGCGGGUGGUGCACCGCAUAAACAAAGCCGUACACGAGCGCAAGAACAUCCCCCUCUUUGGCGUGGAGGCAGCAGAGGGGAGCGCAGGAAAGGCCUUCACUGUCAGGUCUGUAGAAGAGAUACCGCUGGAGAUAUCUAAAGAAACGAUGCUCAGAGCUAAAUUCAAAGAAGACGAAGACGAUGAAGAUAUUCAGUUCGCGGACCUCAACCCCGCGAAGACGUCUCGUGACCUCCGCCAGAAAUUCCUUUCUCUACAAAACGACGACGAACCGGUACAGCAGCAGCAGCAGCAGCAGCAGCAGCAGCAGCAACAACAGCAGCAGCAACAGCAGCAGCAGCAGCAGCAGGAGCAACAGAUGCAGCUACAGCAACAGUGCAGCAGAUACCACUCUGCUGAGAUGAGCCUUGACGACGAAACUAGCAGCAGCAACAGCAGCAACAUCAGCAGCAACAGCAGCAGCAACAGCAGCAGCAGCAGCAACAGCAACAGCAGCAGCAGGAGCAGCAGCAGCAGCAGCAAGAGUUGUGUUGUCUGCUGCGUUCAUGUGCUCAGGUGGAUGGCGGCGAAGGAGAUCCGCUCGGCUCUCGCCUCGGCGUUGGCGGCGCUAAAGGUUUAUCUCGUCUCCGCGGCAGCGGAGAUGCUCUGA